AUGAGCAACCAAACUAUUGACGAAAGUGCUUUUGUUGAAGCGACAAGUGAUGCUAACUCCCUAGAGUUCUCAGAUGAAAAGCAACAAGGACGAUUUGAACUGGGUGUAUCCAUGUUAGUAUACAGCUGGGAUGCAUUAGAUAUUGCUGUUGUAAACCAAUGGGGUGGUCCGGAUUCUGCCGAUAAGAGAGAUUGGAUAACGGCUAUUAUUAUCGAUUUAUUUAAAGCCAACAAAAUUGUUGACGUAGCCAUGGUAGAAGAAACUUUACUUUAUGCAAUGGUUGACGAAUUCGAUACAAAUGUUGAGGAUGAUACAAGUUUGCUUGUUGCAAAUAACAUUAUUAAAUUGUACGAAGAGUGUUAUGCUAUGAACUAUGUUCGUGUUGAAGAACUUUACACCAAAUAUCUGGAGAAGGAAAAGAAUGGACAAGGCAGACAAAAUGAGAGGAUUGUUCAUGUCCAUGACGACGAUGAUUCUAGUUGUGACGAGGACGAGGAUGAUGAAGAUGAAGACAUGAUGGAAUUAGUAGUCGAAGAAGAUGAGGUAGUUACUACAAUCGCUGAGCCAAUAAUAGAUGACGAUGGGUUUGAACUUGUACAAAAGAAAGGGAAAAGAAAAUAUUAA